AUCUCAUUAUUUUUUGACGCCAACCGAGCAAGUCUCAGCAAGUCAAAGCAAACCCAAGUGAGUGAGAGUGAGCAAGAACGAGCAAUAAAAACAAGGUUAACAAAAAUGGUGUGGAAAUGUUGCGUGCCGGGAUGCACAUCAUCAGCAAGAGUCCCGAGUCAUAAGCUUCCCACCCAACAUAUUAAAAUGCAGGCUUGGUUAAAAACAAUCGGAUUAGACAACUUGAUAAAUGCACCGAAAAAUGUCACAGCUAAAUUAAGAAUUUGUACUUUACAUUUCCCCGAAGAGAUGAUAAAACCAUAUGGGCAGAAGCGAUGUCUCAAAGACAAUGCAAUGCCAAUAUUGUUUUUAAAUGUAAAUGUGGCAGAUGAUGCCAAUAUCAGUUUUACUGAUAAUGGUACUAUUGCUACAUUGCAACCUUUGGAUGAUGUUGAAGACAAUUCUGAUUUUAUGCCAGUAGCAUCAACGUCAACAGCCGAAGAAGUACAACUUAUUGAUAAAAUAAAAUACACGAACAUCACUAAAGACAUUGUUCCAAGAAGAAUCACCCAGCUUCGAGCCAAAGUACGACGCUAUAGAAAACUGCUGUCCAAAAGGAACAAAACCAUUUCCAAAUAUAAAGAAAAGGGAAAGGAUAUACGUCGUCGCAGAACUUGGGAAGAUGUUACUGCGAAUUUGUCCGGCGUUCAAAAAACAUUCUUUGAGAUGAUUUCUCGUAAUUUUUCUCAUGCACCAGAGGAAAAUAAGGCUCUCAAUGCCUCUAGGAAAGCAAGGUUCUCAUUUGUCCCAUCAAUAUUAAUAUCAUUGAAUGACAAAUGUGAUAACAAAAAAAGUAAUAAUUACUUCGUGGAAGAAAUGCAAACGGUACGGAUGUCAGGCGACAUUCAGAAAUCCGUUAUGCUAGAAGAAGGACGUCGAUACGAAAAUAAAGAAAAAGCUUUAGCUCUAACUUUAUACAAAACGAUGGGAAAGCGUGGCUAUAAUUGCUUACGAAAUGUUUUUCAACACAUCCCGUCAAUACAAACAUUACAGUUGGUACUUCAAAAGAUUCCUUUAACUCUUGGAUUAAACCCUUUGAUUUUGCGACAUUUGGAAAAUAUAUCCAAAAAAAUGACAAUUAAAAAUAAAGUUUGUAUCUUAAUAUGGGACGAAGUAUCUAUACAAUCUAAUGUCAUGUACGAUGUGCGAAGGGAUAUUAUAUAUGGCUAUGAAGAUUGGGGCAACAAUCGCACAAGCAAAGUCGCAGAUCAUGCUUUGGUAUUUAUGUUGCGUGGAUUAAAUACGGGGUGGAAAAUGCCAAUAUCCUACAACUUUUGCUCGAAAACGACAAAUACAGCCCAACUAAUUAGAUGUAUCAAAGAACACGUACAUAAAAUAAGCAAAGCAGGUUUCCACAUAAUUGCAACAGUCUGUGACCAAGGAGCUACAAAUACAGCCGCUAUUAAACACUUAUUAUUACAAACAGAUAUGAAACGGAAUUUAGAAAAAAGAACACAAGCUCAAACUUUUGAAGUUGGAAAUGUAGAGAUUGUUCCUUUAUACGAUCCUCCUCAUCUUAUUAAAGGAAUAAGAAACAAUUUCUUAACCAAAAAUCUAGCGAUUAGCUGCAACAGUUUUCAACGUGUAGCAUCGUGGGAUAUCGUGAAGACAGCAUGGAUAAUAGAUAAGAAGAUAAAUAUAAUACGUCCACAGUUAAAAAAAAUAACGCAAGAACAUAUUAUUGAGGACAAAAUUAAAAAAAUGCGUGUUAAGUAUGCAACGCAAGUGCUGAGUGGAACGGUUGCGAGCUGCAUUGAGAUACUUACAAGAUCAAGAUGUGCCGUGCAGAUUGAUAAUAAUGAGGUAAAAAUUGAUAUGGAAGAAGGAAUCGCAACAGCAGAGGUAGUAAAUUUUUUUAAUGAUUUAUUUGACUCCGUGAACAGUAGUGAGGUGAGGUAAAAGACAAUGAUUUGCGAUCUCCAGUGG